GUCGUCAUCAAAUCGCGCGCAAGGUUCUUAAAUGUUCAUGGGUUUCAAGUUUGAGUAAGCAAUGCGCAGGCUAAUGUUAUUUACAUUUAUAUGGCAUUUAUAAAGCGCCAGGUACUGUGAUGUUUUUUGUCUACAACAAUGAAGUUAGCUAAUACAACAGUUAUUAAACUACAUGCAGUCCUUGGUUUAUCUAACAAACUGCCGUAAAAUCAAACAAUGUAUAUGUGUUUAUGUCCAGACAAGCCCCCCCCCAUCUUCGCCUGGUCGCCAUCUUCAAUUUUAAAUGUUUGUUUUCUCUGACGUUUAAACUAAUGGUAUUUAUAUUUGUUCCGAUCUCGGAUUGCAGGAUGAAUCACGUAAUAGUACAAACGCUUGAAUAACAAAAAGAUUAAACCACGCAAGCCUCCCCUCAUCUUCACUCUGUAGAUCUUCAAGCACAGAUUAGAGUAUAUGCGCCUGACUCUGGCGUAAUGAAGUAGAUGGGGGAAUCAAAGAACAUGGUGUUGAAUGGCAGGCGGCAUGGCAGCAGAUUCUCCAGUGAUCUAUCCAUAACCUCGGCCAGGUCGCUGCGACAGAGCAAGGGCUCCUUUAGAAGCAGGAGAUGUAGUCCACGUGUCAGCAGUUCUGCCCUAGAGGCAGAGAGACGUCAUACCCCAUCAUCUGGUAUGACUGCAAAAGAGCUCUGUGAGAAUGAUGACUUGACUACAAGCCUUAUUCUGGACCCCUACCUCGGCUUCCAGACCCAUAAGAUGAAUCGGAGGUUUCGACCUGUCAAGGACCGACAUAGACAGUUGAAGGAGGUGCUAGAGUGCUUUAAAAAACAUGACAACCUUGAGAAGGCCUUCCAUGCCUUGACUGCAGGGGACUGGUCAAGACACCACUUUCCGCACAAGACGAAGGCACAGGGCAAACUCUUCAAAGAGCAUGUUUUUGUUUACCUACGAAUGUUUGCAACGAACAGUGGGUUUGAAAUACUUCCUUGCAAUCGUUAUUCCUCUGAGCAGAAUGGAGCCAAAAUUGUAGCAACAAAAGACUGGAAAACCAAUGAUAAGAUAGAAUACCUGGUGGGCUGCAUCGCUGAGCUAUCGCAGAAUGAGGAAAGUGUGUUACUGCGACAUGGAGAAAAUGACUUCAGUGUGAUGUACUCCACCCGCAAAAACUGUGCUCAACUGUGGCUGGGACCUGCAGCCUUCAUCAACCAUGAUUGCAGGCCAAAUUGCAAGUUUGUUUCCACUGGGCGAGAUACAGCUUGUGUCAAGGUUCUUGGGGAUAUUGAACCCGGAGAAGAGAUCUCCUGUUAUUAUGGAGAUGGGUUCUUUGGGGAAAAUAAUGAACUAUGUGAAUGUUACACAUGUGAAAGACGAGGUGCUGGUGCCUUCAAAUCGAAGACUGGACAGCCUACACCCACUCCAAUUAUCAACAGCAUGUAUGGCCUGAGAGAGACAGACAAACGUCUCAAUCGGCUGAAGAAACUAGAAGACAGCAAAUGCUCUGGCAGUCAGUUGGAAGGCUCUAAUAUGGAUCCAGACUCUCAGGAAAAUCAUGACACACAUCCAUCAGUAGGGAGGACUGCCCGCUCUAGUGUGACAAGGCUCAGUGACUCACAAGCUCUAAGCAGGCAAACUCUGUCCAAAAUGCCUAUCCCUACCUCAUCGUUCAAUCAAAGACACUCAAAGAACUCCGUGCCAAAGAGGCUAAAAUCAAAGUCCAUAAAGCCUUUGCUCAAGUUAGGAAGAAGGUGUCAGGUAACUGCCCACAAGUGCCCCAUUGAGGUGGAAGCUAUGGGUUUGUGCCUUAAAGACCCCACAGAAUCUGUCAAUAACAGGGUCUCACAAAAGAGAGAGAUGGAUAAGAAAGGGCCCGUGCAAGUGGUGGGAACAAGGGAUGGUCUUGAGCACUAUACUGCGAAGGAAAACCAUCAGAAAUCAGUGAAAGAUGUUAAUAGGUGCCCUGAUGGUUUAGCAUGCACUCACAGAACUCGCAGUUCAACCAGAACAUCAGUUGGCACACAGGAGUCUGACAACAUUAAACUUGAACCAAACUUGCCACCCAUCCACUGCAGUGUGGUUAGUAAGACCAAGCCUAUGGACCUUGGAGAUUGUGUCACAGACAGUCACUGCAUGAACAGCUCAAGCCUGGAUAUCAGCUGUCCAAAGACUGAGAACUGUCACAGAUAUAAGCAAAUGAUAAAGCAGGAAGAGCACUCUUUCCGACCAGCAUCCCUUCUCAAGGAGGAGGUUUCAGACCUGCACCAUACAGCCUGCACCACAGACAUAGCUGAUGGCAGGAAAGAGCUGCAAGGCCUGCCUGAUGGUCAUGAGCCCUACAACCUGUCUAAGGGAGACAAGCUUCUCCACCUUGGAAAGGGGAAGAAGAAACAGCAGAUUACGCGCUAUGAUUCCCAGCUGAUCCUAGCCAACAACAACUCAGGUGUCCCCAAGUUGACCCUGCGGAGACGAAGGGACAGCAGCAGUAGGAUUGAGCCUGGUGAUGCAGACCCUGUCAAGUCCUCCAGCUCCACAAAGACCAGCAUGAAAUUUGUUAAGGACCAUCAUGCAAAGACCAAGAGGAGUUAUUAUGCAGCCAGACUGAGUAAUGGGACUUUCAGUCCUGUGGACCACAUCCGCUCCUCCAAACAUGGCCUCAGUCCUGUGGACCACAUCCGCUCUUCCAAACAUGGCCUCAGUCCUGUGGACCACAUCCGCUCUUCCAAACAUGGCCUCGGCCCUGUGGACCACAUCCGCUCCUCCAAACAUGGCCUCGGUCCUGUGGACCACAUCCGCUCCUCCAAACAUGGCCUCGGUCCUGUGGAACACAUCCGCUCCUCCAAACAUGGCCUCGGCCCUGUGGGCCACAUCCGCUCCUCCAAACAUGGCCUCGGCCCUGUGGACCACAUCCGCUCCUCCAAACAUGGCCUCGGCCCUGUGGACCACAUCCGCUCCUCCAAACAUGGCCUCGGCCCUGUGGACCACAUCCGCUCCUCCAAACAUGGCCUCGGCCCUGUGGACCACAUCCGCUCCUCCAAACAUGGCCUCGGCCCUGUGGACCACAUCCGCUCCUCCAAACAUGGCCUCGGUCCUGUGGAACACAUCCACUCCUCCAAACAUGGCUUCAGUCCUGUGGAUCACAUCCGCUCCUCCAAACAUGACCUCAGUCCUGUGGACCACAUUUGCUCCUCCAAACAUGGCCUCAGUCCUGUGGACCACAUCCGCUCUUCCAAACAUGGCCUCAGUCCUGUGGACCACAUCCGCUCUUCCAAACAUGGCCUCAGUCCUGUGGACCACAUCUGCUCCUCCAAACUGCAUAUUCAGCUGCAGCGUGAGCAGGACAGCAGGAGGCUCAGCCAGUAUCACCAUGGUACUGGGCCCUUCACGGGUAUAGUAGAGAGGGAAGCAGGGGAGGUCUUUGGGCCGACUGUAGCAACAUUUGGGAUGCAUGAUGACACAGAGGAAGACUCGUCCUCCUCUGAAGAAGAGGAUGAAGACGACGUCUCUGACUCUGACCAUGAAGAGUUUGACGAUUUCAUUCCACUUCCACCAACAAAACGCCUCCGCCUCAUUGUUGGUAAAGACUCUAUAGAUAUUGAUAUUGCAUCAAGGAGACGUGAAAAUCAGUCACGCACAGUCAAUGCAUGAGCUUUAUGGAUCUUUAUUUGACUAGUUGAUUUAAGUCAACAAAACAAAAAAAUCCCAUGCUGUUGUAAAAUGUUAACUAUUUUUGUACAUGAUGGAACUUGAUUUGUUAUUCAUAUAGUAGAAUGUGUAUAUUUUACAUAGCAUAUGUGUAGGCCUUUAUUUUUAUAUCUUCAGCUUUAUUUUGUACAAUUGUUAAUUAUAUUUAAAGCCUUUUGUUGUUUGUGGGGUAAACAUGCUAAAUUUUGCUUCACUGACAUUCACAAGAAUGGAACCUUUUGGGAACACACUUGAUGUGCAUUUGUCCGCAUGGCAGUGUAUACAUGCAUAUAAAAUAAUGUGUUUUAUAUAUUGUUUUGAGAGUUUGAAAGGAACAGAAUUGUUUCUUGCUGGAAGUCUGUGAAAAUGUGUUUGACUUCCAGUGAUUCCUGGAAGCUGGUCUGUGACAUUUUUGACCCAUUUUUAAUAAUUCCUUCAUUAAUCAAAAUGUCUUGGUGAUUAUGUUUUAUGUUAACUUUUCAGUUUGUGAAGAGAGAUUUUCUUUUUAUUCUAUUCAUUUCACAAAGUCACUCAAUUCUCAAACUGUAUCACUUCUCAGUCUCCGUUUUAACAAUCACAAACUGGCAUUGGUAGUGUAGAUAAACACUUUGAAAAUCAGAUUUUUUUCUUUGCUAUUUUGUUCACCAUGUGUUCAUCUGAAUGACUUUCUGUCUGCUGUGCGUGAAUGAUGUGCAUGUCUCAACUUCAUAAAUUGCUCUAUUUUUUUUUUAAUACUAGGUUGAUUUUAAAGUCGGUUGUACAACUUUGGUGGACCUGUCACUGUAUGCUGUCAUUCGUAGGCUACUGUCUGUGGUCUUGAUUAAGCUACACUACAUGGCGAAAAGUUUGUCGAACAUCUCAUUCCAAAAUCAUGGGCAUUAAUAUGGAGUUGGUCCCUCCUUUGCUGCUAUAACAGCCUCCACUCUUCUGGGAAGGCUUUCCACUAGAUGUUGGAACAUUACUGCGGGGACUUUCUUUCGGCGUUCCAAUUCAUCCCAAAGGUGUUCGAAGGGGUUGAGGUCAGGGCUCUGUGUAGGCCAGUCAAAUUUUUACACACCAAUCUCGACAAACCAUUUCUGUAUGGACCUUGCUUUGUGUAUGGGGGCAUUAUCAUGUUGAAACAGGAAAAUACCUUCCUCAAACUGUUUCCACGAAGAUGGAAGCACAGAAUCGUCAAGAAUGUCAUUGUAUGCUGUAGCGUUAAGAUUUCCAUUCACUGGAACUAAGGGGCCUAGCCUGAAUCAUGGAAAAACAGCCCCAGAUCAUUAUUUCUCCUCCACCAAACUUUACAGUAGGCACUAUGCAUUCGGGCAGGUAGCGUUCUCCUGGCAUCCGCCAAACCCACGUUCGUCCGUUGGACUGCCAGUUGGUAAAGCGUGAUUUAUCACUCCAGAGAACAUGUUUUUGCUGCUCCAGAGUCCAACUGCAGCAAGUUUUACACCACUCCAGCCGACGCUUGGCGUUGCACCUGGUGAUCUUAAGCAUGUGUGCGGCUGCUCGGCAAUGGAAACCCAUUUCAUGAUGCUCCUGACAAACCGUUAUUGUGCUUCCGUUGCUUGCAAAGGCAGUUUGGAACUCAGUAGUCAGUAUCUCCUCGGUUGCAAAACUAUUUUUAUGCGCUUCAGCACUCAGCGGUCCCAUUCUGUGAGCUUGUAUGGCCUACCACUUUGCAAUUGUUGCUCCUAGACAUUUCCACUUCACAAUAACAGCACUUACAGUUGCCCGGGGAAGCUCUAGCAGGGCAGAAAUUUGAUUAAAUGAUUCGUUGAAAAAGGUGGCACCCUAUGACGGUGCCAUGUUGAAGGUCACUGAGCUCUUCAGUACAGGCCAUUCUACUGUCAAUGUUUGUCUAUGGAGAUUGCAUGGCUAUGCUCAAUUUUAUUCACCAGUCAGCAAUGGGUGUGGCUGAAAUAGCCAAAUCCGCUAUUUUGAAGGGGUGUCCACAUACUUUUGGUCAUUUAGUGUACCCUUUUGAGUUGCUUGUAUAAUGUUGAGAAUUACAGUUGAAUUUCAUAUAUAUGGCUGUGCAUUCUAUAACUUAAUGUAUGUAAUUCUUAACAUUUAUCUCCAUGUUUAAUUGUUUUUCUACCUCAGAAAAAAACUGUACUAAACGUGUCCUUAUUUCUGGUGAAUGUAGUUUAUAUAAUGCAAAUCACAAAUGCUUGUUUUUAUUUUACAGUUUUAAGUCCUCAAAUUAAAAGUUUCUUCCAAGUG